GUGGCGACACCGCGCACUACAAGUGGCUCAUGACAUCUCUCAGUUGGGCUGGAGGACACGGCCGCAGCCACAAAGUGCAGCCACAAAAACUCAGAAGACUGGAACAAUAAACGUCCUUUUCCUCCACACAUCUACCUCUUUUUUUUGGAAGGGGGUGGUUUAAAGACAUGUGACUAGUGGCAUGCAGCCACCGAGGAAACAGAACGGCAUGCUGUGAGCUCUCGGUCACGUGGCGUUUGGAUGGUGAGUUGUGAAAAACCACAUCAGUGUGUCCGGACGCGUGAACCAGGCAUCUGCUGUCAGUGUGUGACCACAGCCUCGAACCUGCUGACAUCGGGGGUUUCCCAUCUCAGGAUGCCUCACAGGAGCAAAAGAGAGAAGGAAACUAAAUCUGGCAAAUCUGGCAAAUCCGGAAGUAAAAAUGGCCCUGCAGAAAACCAAGAUGGCUCCAAUAAGAAAGUGCCUCCCGCAGCUCAGGUGAUGAGGGUGAAGCAGCCGGGGUCACACUCGGCCACGAAGAGGGAGAAGAGGUUCAGCACUUCCUCUUUCCCCCUCAGUGCUAACAGAGAGCUGCAGAAACUGCCUGCACUUGCAGGAUGAACCAGGGUGAGACUGCAGGGAAACGACAGAGGUGAGCAGUCCAGAGGUGAUGGACAAUUUGAGGGAGACACGGCCACAGUUCACAGCGUGUGGAUUAUUAAUAAAAAAACACGGUUGAUUUGAGGAUUUAAUCAUGUUUCUGUGUGUUUCAAAUGUAUACUUGAAGGCCUGAAUGAGAACACACAAGAGGACACAAGAGAAGAAAAUGGAUUUAGUGUAGGAGCGCUGUUCAUUUAUAAAUACAUCUACAAGUGUAUAGUGGAUAUUUGUGCUUUCUGUAUCUCUGUGAGCAGAGCAGAAAAACAUUUUUUCUCCCUUUAUCGUCUCUGAUAUGAAGCCACUUCGUCUCACUUGCUGUUGAGGGCUGUUGUAUGCUUGAUGAAGAAGGGAAAACUGCAUGUUAUUCCAAGUGCCUGUGAAACAUUUAGUGAUGGGCUUGUGUUACUGACGGUCUGGAGAAGCACAGGCUGCCAUCCUCUGGCUGAAAAUGGGAAUUCUUUUGUUUUCUUUGGAUGAACUCAGUUUUUGAAGUCAAACAUUCCGAAUUCAGUCAUAUAAUGUCUCUCCAAGACAAACCUCUAAAAAUGGGUUACAGAAAGAACCACUACUUCAAUAAUGCAUUUGUUAGGGACUAUUUCCAACUGCUGAUUCAUACAUAUUAAUGUAUUAACCUCACCAGGAGUGUCUGUGUGUGUGGGCCUCGAUCAAUACAGACCACAAAGCAUGUUGAAAGAUCAUGUGCAGAUGAUUCCCGUCAUGUGUUUUUUUAUGUUUUUGGGCAACAAUGGACAUAUUUCAUUCAUCAUGUUGCACAGAUAAACUCUCGAUGAGACGUUCGUGUUGGUUUUUGCUCUUAUUUAUGAGAUUGUUUGGCAGUACCAACAAUUUUUCAUCCCAAAAAAUAUUUGUGGUAAUAAAAAGAGAGCUGGGGUAUUUUAGAACUGGUACCAACUCCUGCACAGCCGGUCUUACCAAUAGAAAGUAAGUGGUGGCUCACAGAAAACACAGGCAUCGGUUGUCAUGGCGGUGGAAUGCAAAGGCACUUCUUGGAGAGGCUUUGGCCCCGCGGUGAGAGAAUGCCAUGUCUGCUUUGCUCGGUGAUACGUUCGACCUUCCUCUACUUUACCCUUUUCCCCUUUUCGUGGAAAAAUCAAGAAACGGGGGGUUGAAAACGCAAUCGACAAUUAAA